GGAGCUUAUCCACUGUCCCCUGGAAUUUUGUUCAGGAACAAUCCAAAUCAGGCAGGAUAGGCGCGAAAACACGUAUCAGACCCAGACUCUUCUCAUCGGCAUCUUGUUCACCGAGACGAACCACCUACUUAUCUCUUGCUGUGGUCCCGCACCGAAGACGGAGAACAACUUCCCUAACCGCGUCAUCCCACUGCUUUCCAUCACCGCGUAACUGUAUCUUUUAAGUUCAUAAUUCAGCUUUAAAGGAAAGAGAAGCUCAAGUUCUCUGUUGCAUCUUUAAACACUUUGUCUGGCGUUCGUUUUGUUAACUUUGCGCUGCUUCUACCAGCUCUUCAGCUCCUAUCAGCAGUGCAGAUCUAGCUCUUUUCUUUUCUUUUCUUUUUUUAUUUCAUCAGUACAACACAAUGGUGGUUUUCGUGGACUUGGACCAUGAUACAUUCAGCGGGGAUCAAUUUUCGCUUGGUCCCGAUGCUUUGCCCCAUCUCUUCGCUGAACCGGCGAAGUUGACAAUGUCCAAGUUGACGGUUGUCGGGGCUCCACAGUCCGCAAAGCUACCUAGUGACGAUGAUACUUCUACCGACCCAGCACGCGAUGCUUCACAGUUUCGCCUAGAAGAACAAAAUCAAAAUCAAAAUGCCUUCUCAGUUGCUCUGAGCUGCUAUCCGAUCGUUAAAGAGAUCGCCCGAUCAGUGGAUCUUAACACACUGCACGCCCUAUCCCGGACAUGUCGUCAAUUCCAUGCGAAUCUGGCACCCUACCGCCACCAACUAGUCAAGCAAACUCUACGCUGCGAGAAUGAAUACAUUGAGACACUAUCAGAUCUGCUGCGUAGCGGUACUCCGAUCCUCGACAGCGUCAAGUCCGUGAUCCGACUUCUAAGCCAAGAGGCCAGGAGCUCUGGGCGCCUAACUGCUGGCAAAGUUGCCAAAUGUGCCCGAGACAUGGUUGGCGAGUGUCGGCGAUGUUCCAAAGUGGUUUGUCGCAAUUGCACAGCCAAACCCCCAACCAGUAGUAUGCUUAGGAACCGCAUCCGCCGUCUCUGCACCACCUGUCAAACAGCACCACUAGCCGAUCUUCUUGCCUUGUCUCCUCCGAGUCUGUCUGCCUAUGAUACCCAGCCUUUGUCGUCCGAGCAGCCUAGCUUUACAACCGAAGCUUUUCAGCGUACUCCUUGUUCCUGUGCAGACUCUGUUUGGCUCUGCCAUCAGUGUGGGAUGUUCGUACGCAACAGUGACACAACGUACCGCCGAGUAUGGACAUGGCGGACCAGGUAUAGUACCUAUCUAGGAGGACUAGGCACUGGAAUUGGUGAAGGCUGUCAAGGAGUUAAAUGCGGUCGUGGAGAAACUUGCUUGGCGGCUCAAGAAAUUGAGUUAGAGGUAGAAUGCGAAGCAGACGGGUCUUCGGGUAGUCCACACGGAACAGGAUAUGGAAGUGUGGGAUCACAUAACCAUCCGAACGACCGUCAGGACAGCCGUGAAGAGGAAGUGCCCGGGUAUUUCCGACAAGAGAUCAUCGGAAUUGGAGGGGUUGUCAAACAUAAAGCCAAGAAACGGGUCAUGGUGGGGGCCUGUGUAGUUGAACAUGAGGAUGAGAGAGAAACGGGCCAGUAUCUGGUUCGUGAAGAGGCUGGGCAACAUCGAAGCUGGUGUGGAUGGUGCUGGAGAGUUAUCCCAUGCAAAAGUGACCUACAGAAGUGAUGCAGACAUCGAGAGAUUUAUUUUCAAGUUUAGCAUCGCAUAGCUAACAAUGGAUUUUCUACCACAAGCAA